AUGGCCUCCAAACGCGCCGCCCAGCUGUUCGGCGCCCGCUCUAACGCCUCCGUCAUCGGCCAACGGACUACGCGGUUGAGCUUCACCACUGCACGCGCUUUUAGCAUUGCGCCUAAUUCGCCAACCGCAAAUGCUUUGAAGAGCAGAUUCGUAGUCGUAGAAAGCGCAGGGAGACUACAGGCUAUCCAGGCGCAGAAGAGGUGGCACUCACAAGCGCCAAAUGACUUGAAGCAGAACAAACUUUACCAGUUCGACGACGUCCUACACAUUCUCGAAGCCCCAUCAGACUCACGCCUUCUUAUCGAUGUCCGCGAACCCCAUGAAUUCGAGAAAGAUACUAUCCCAACCUCUAUAAACAUCCCCGUCACAUCACAGCCCGAUGCGCUGCUACUAGAUGAAGAAGAAUUCCAGGAUAGGUUUGGUUUUCAAAAACCACCGAAAGGGAAGGAGGUUGUCUUCUUUUGCAAAGCCGGAGUGAGGAGCUCGGCAGCUGCGGGGAUUGCAAGGCAGGCUGGAUAUAUAAACAUCGGCGAGUACCGCGGAUCCUGGCUCGACUGGCAGAAGCGCGGCGGACCGGGCACAAAGUCCCCACCAAAGCCUGAUGGCAUGGGUGAACCUAAAGCCCCUACAACCGAAACAAAGCCUACAGCUAGGACGGGCGACAGUGGGGAAGAGGACCUUGGGCCUCAGGGACAGCCACCAUAUCCACCAGGGCCCAUGGGCCGGCAGUAG